GAGAGAGAGAGAGAGACAGAGAGAGAGAGAGAGAGACAGAGAGAGAGAGAGAGAGAGAGAGAGAGAGACUGGUGCUGUCCUUUCAGCACCACACCCGCAGUCACCUUGCUGUCUAUGAAUAUCAUUAACAGGUUCUACCAAAACCACCACAACAGGAAGAGAGUCUUUGUGCUGGAUUCGGAUUAGAAAGAAUGAACAUCACCUUGUGGAUUUAAACCACCAUCCAUUGUUAAUGGCAUGCCAUUGGCUACACUUGCUAUCGUUUUGGAUUUAAACGUUUUCCCUCCGGUAGGUCUUGUGGGUUGAUUUUCAUGACAGGUUGUGGAAACAUUGGGGCAUCCGGCAUCAUCAGUGGGAAUAUGUGCUGAUUAGUCCUAUAGGCCUGCACUUAUUAUUUAGGAUAUAUAUAUAUAGCCUGCAACCAGCAGCAGCCUAGCCGUAUCUCUUCCCUCUUCCUCCCCUGGUAACCCCAGUUGUGCAUGUGUUGCACGCGUUUUUCCCCCCUCCCACGGUGGCGCGCGGUGCUCAUAGAGCGUCCGUUGUGAUGCUGGGAACUUAUUGGAGACAUGCCUAAGGGACGCAAUGGGCUUGAGCGACGAAAAGGAUCGCAUUGUGAUAAACGUGGGAGGGACCAAGCACCAGACAUACCGCGGUACCCUACGGACCCUGCCCGGCACCCGCUUAUCCUGUCUGGCCGAACCCGACGCGCCUAGUCACUUCGACUGGGACGACAAACAUGAGGAAUUCUUUUUCGACCGCCAUCCUGCCGUUUUCGCCCACAUCCUUAACUAUUACCGGACCGGUAAACUGCACUGCCCUGCCGAUGUCUGCGGGCCUCUUUACGAGGAGGAAUUGGCAUUCUGGGGCAUCGAUGAGACGGACGUGGAGCCUUGCUGCUGGAUGACCUAUAGCCAGCAUCGGGAGGCGGAGGAAGCGCUUGAUAGUUUCGGCGGGGGUGCCCUGCUCGACUUAACCAGUAAUGACGAUCAGGACCCGGAGGUCGUGACCGACCCGGGGGAUGUGGUUGGUGAUGAGGCAGAUGAGAUGACGAGGAGACUGGCGCAGGGGGACUCAACCGACAUAAAGGCGAGGGGGCUGUGGGGUCGUUGGCAGAAACGCAUGUGGGCUCUGUUUGAAGACCCCUACUCUUCUAAAUAUGCAAGGUGGAUAGCCCUGGCCUCUCUGUUCUUCAUCCUCGUGUCCAUCUCCACCUUCUGCCUGGAGACCCACGAGUUCUUCAACCCCAUCGUGAACCGCACCGAGCUUGAGCUGGUGGACAACGUGACGGUGGAGCAUGUGUACCAGGAGACGGAGACGGUGGUCUAUCUCACCUAUAUCGAGGGCGUCUGCGUGGUCUGGUUUACCUUUGAGUUCAUGAUGAGAGUCAUAUUCUGUCCGGACAAGAUGGAGUUCAUGAAGAAAGCUCUCAACGUUAUCGACUUCGUGGCUAUCUUACCGUUCUACCUGGAGGUCGGGCUGAGUGGGCUGUCGUCUAAAGCGGCUAAGGAUGUUCUGGGGUUCCUGAGGGUGGUGAGGUUCGUCAGGAUCCUGCGUAUCUUCAAGCUGACCCGUCACUUCGUGGGCCUGAGGGUUCUGGGUCACACGUUACGAGCAAGCACCAAUGAGUUCCUACUCCUCAUCAUCUUCCUCGCACUCGGAGUCCUCAUCUUCGCCACGAUGAUCUACUACGCCGAACGGAUGGGUGCGGACCCGACCGACCCGCGCGCCAGCGAGCACACGCACUUCAAGAACAUCCCCAUCGGAUUCUGGUGGGCCGUCGUUACCAUGACGACCCUUGGUUACGGCGACAUGUACCCCCAGACGUGGUCUGGCAUGCUUGUCGGAGCGCUGUGCGCCCUGUCGGGUGUACUGACCAUCGCCAUGCCCGUCCCCGUGAUCGUCAACAACUUUGGAAUGUAUUACUCCUUGGCCAUGGCGAAGCAGAAGCUACCAAAGAAGAAGAACAAGCAUAUCCCACGAGCACCCCAACCAGGAUCACCCAACUACUAUAAGUCCAGCAUCAACUCUCCUCCAACGCCCCAUAAAGCACCGCUCCUUCCUGAUAGCCCGAAAUUAGUCCACCCCGUUUUGGCACUGGCUCAAAACAUUACUAUGACACACGAUGACGUCUUCAAAGUAAAGUUUCCAGACGCCCUCCCUCUACACCCAGUGGCUCAACCAGAUGCCUCUCCAGUGGCAGAAAUCAAUAGGCGAAUAUCACAGCCAAGCACAACACUGGCGGAUUCCAAGCUGAAUGGGGAGGCGGCCAACGCAGCUCUAGCCAAUGAAGACUGUCCUCAUAUAGACCAGGCCAUCUCGCCAGAGGAGAUUUUCAGCCCCAGUGAGAGAGAACGGCCUUGUUGUCUCAUCACCACAGCUGCAGAACGACCCAACCACAAAGGGUGUAGAGUCAGGAGGGAGACCAGCCAGCGACAGCCUCGGAGCAGACCAGCAGCAUCAGACUCAGUUUGUGUAAUGAACCAUGGUGUUCCCACCACGAUAUGUCUGUCCCAUAAUAAGACCCCCUCACCGCAACACCAACCCCCCACCUGAUAAUACAUUAGCCUC